AUGUCUUUUAAUAUUAUUGAUGAUUUCUUGAAAUAAGAUAAUAUUGGUUUGUAAGAGCCCAAUUUUAGUACAACAAGACAUAUUGCUUAGUUGCUUAUUACUAAGAAGAAUGUAUUGAAUAUAAAUUAUGUUUUAGAUAGAAGAAAUUUAUUAAGAGAUGACAAAGAAAGAAAAUUAAUGCGAAGAAAUAAUUGCAUAAAUUAUUGAUAAGAGAUAUAAUGAAUUUAAUCCAAUGAUAAAUAAACCUUAAAUUUAUGGAGUAAAAUAACAAUAAUAUGUAGAAAGCUUAUGAAGAAUUAUACCAAAGUGUAAAGAGAAAUAGGAAAAGAUUAUAAAAUAGCAAAGAAUUACUAAGUUCGAAAUCAGCCGAACUGAAACAUUUUUAUUAUUAGAAUAUUUAUUAUAAGGAAAUCAUUUCCACUUUAAAUAAAUUGAAGACUAUUAGAUCAUCUAUAAAAUUGAUAUAAACUUAAGCAUUAAAUUAACCUUAUGAAGGUAGUGUAGAAUGCAGAAAAAUAAAGUCAUUAAUAACUAAUUUCCCAAAACAAGAUUCUUUUUAAAUGCAAUAUGUGAAUAGAGGGUUUAAUUUAGGACUUUCAUAGAUUUUGGGUGAAUUUUAGAAUUAAUUAAAAGAGUUUUUCUUUUUGUAAAGAGGAUCAAUCUUAAAAAGCAAUGAUGCAUAAAAGUAUUAUGAUUUAGAGAAGAAAGUGAAAGAAUUAAAAUCUUUGAAUGAAAUCUUACAAUUUAUCAAAAUAAAUCUACCAGAUGUAACAUUAUAAAAUGAUGAUGAAUUAGAAUUGUGUUUAAUUGAUUAAUAGUUAAGUAGUAAUGAAUUAAUAAUAUCUUAUAAUUAAUUAAAAAAGUUUAUACAAGUGAGUUUUUAAUUUAGUGACUUUGAUUAAGUGAAAUAAUAUAUCGAUAUUAAUACUUCGAAAAAUGGGGAUAUUAAUUUAAAUAUCAACUCUUAAUAAAGCAGUUUAUUAAAUAUAUUUUUAUGUAUCAAAGGAUGUACAAUAAUUAAAAAAACUAAUGAAUUAUUAAAUAAACAUUUUGAAGAUUUCAAAUACAAUAUGUAAGAUUUAUUUACUAAAUCUUUAACAAUAUUCAUUAAAAGAUAGAAUCCAAAUGAUAAUAUUAAAAUUUCGUUAUUUGGAGAAUUAAAUUUUAGUAGUUUUACAACUUAUAAGAUUAUUAGUUAAUUUUUUAAAAAACUGAUUGCAUAUGCAAUGAUUAUUUUAAGAAAAUAAGUUUUAUUUGGAAAAGCAUUACAUUGCUUAAAUGUUGAUGUUGAUGAAAAUACACUUUUACUAUCAUUAUCUGAGUUGUGCAGAUAAUUGUUUUGGUAGAUCAAUGUAGUAUUGAGUAUGUUUUAUAAGUCAGCUAAAAUUAGUGAAUAGAAUAAAGGUAGAGAUGUUUUGGAUGUUAGAAAUGAAUUUCAUUUAUUCAUUCAAACAACUCUUUAACAAUUAAUAAAACCUAGUCCUCUUUAUUAUUUAUUAUAAAGACACUUAUUGGAUGAAGUUUUAUUGUAAUGUAUAGAAUCAUUAAAAGUGUUUAUGAGAGUGGAACCAAUAUUUAAAGAGCCUAUAGAUAACGAAAUUUAAUUACAAUAAGAAUUAAGCAAAAGCAUUUAUAUAGAUUGUAUAAAGCAAUUAAAUGAGGGAGCAAAGAGUGUAAUUAGAAAUAUAGUUUCAUUACCUAAAAGAUAGAACAAAUCAUUUAUUCCAUAAUUAAAUUAUUAAUUAAUUUAUGACGUUUAGGAUUAAUAAUUAAAGUAAAUGCUAAAUAACUUUUAAUUGAUUAAUUUAAAGAUGUAGAUUCCCGAGUCUACAUAAUUUUGUUAUUUAAUACAUGAAUUAAAUGUAAUAGAUUAAAUUACAAAUCUUCAAGUUGAUUAUAUCCAAAUUUUGAAUUGGAUUUUGAAUGUAUAUCUUCAAGAAAUAAGAAUAAAAUUAAAAUCAUUAAUUUAAGGUUCGUAAUCAGAGUUACUGAUGUAUAAUUAAGAUAAGUAAGGGUUAUAAAAGAAAUUAUUAUCAUAUAUGGAAUGGAAGUGUAAAUUUUAAUAAUCAAAUCCAUUAUUGAAUGAUGGAAUAAAUACUUAAUAGAGAUUAUAGAAGGCUAAAACGGAUAAGCAAUAUAGAUUUUAAUUGAAAUAACCAAUAUAUCAAGGAUAUAUGGAAUAUUUAGUGAAUCAGAUUGAUGAAUCUAAAACGAGUCCUCUAAUUAGAUCAAAGGAAGUUUUACACACUUUAGGAGCAUUACAUGAAAAUAUACAUGCUUUUUUAUGUUUUACUUUGUAAUCGAUUUAGGGAUAUUUGAAUAGAAUGUAUAGAAUUUAAAUAGGUUUUAUAGAGACUAAUAAUAUUUAAUAAAAUAAUUAGAUAUAUAAUAAAAGGAUGUUCCAAUAGAUUAGUAGGAUGUAAAAUUGUAAAUACUAAAGAUAUUUUAAUUAAGAUGUGAAUAACAAAGUUUUUAAAUGGAUUAAUUUAAGAAUAAGAAUGCGAUGGAGUAAAAAUAUAUAAUUAUAAAAUAGUAUAUAAUUUAAUGAUAAUAUUUAAUAGUCUUUUUAUAGAUUCUUAAAAUUGUGCAAUGAAAUAUUUUUAGUUUAAUUUGAUGUAUAUUUAGUUUUGCGAUUUGAAUUUCAUAUGAGACAUUUGUUGAUGACAAAUAUAUAGGAAUUUAAUUUUGAAUAUAUAAACUUUUCAUCAACAUUAAAAGAGAGUAUUUAAGAUGAAACAGUAAUAAUAAAUAAUGAUGAUUUAGUUUAAAAUAAUAACAGCAGAUUUUUGGACAAUAUUUAAAGCCAGUUUGAAAGCACAAUUUAUAAGAUAGAAAGAUUUUAAUGCAAAAAAGAUUUAAAUGAUUUUAAAGGAUUUGAAUGUAAUGAAGGAUGAAAUGAGUAAUGAUGGCAAAAGAAUAUCUCAUUUAAGAAGAUAUUUUAAAUUAUAUUUAGUAAAUGGAUAGGAUUUAGAAAAGUUUUUAAAAAUAAAUGCUUACAAAUAUAAAUUCGAUUUAAUAUAGGAAUAUGGGAAAUUAAUGAAAGUAGACAAUUUAGAGAAAUUAAGAAAAUAUUGUUUAUGA